GUUGAAGAUGGCUUUGGAUAUCCAGGUGAAUGGCAGUAAUGCUGCUCUCACAUCAUCCUUUACAUCCAAGAAAAAGGAUGCUGCCACAAAUGCUGACAAAGAAAAUCUAUGGUCUUCUAUAUUAAGCGAAGUCCAAAAACAAGGCAGCACAAAACUUCCCUCAAAUAAAUCGGUAUUAGUAUUGGGUGAUAAUGCCACCGGCAAGACAACACUGGUGGCCAAACUUCAGGGUGUUGAAAAUCCGAAAAAAGGUUCCGGUUUGGAAUAUGCCUACAUCGAUGUUAAGGAUGAAUACAGAGAUGACAUGACCCGUUUAAGUGUUUGGGUAUUAGACGGCGAUCCAGGUCAUAACAAUCUCCUACACUUUGCCUUAAAUGAACAAAAUUAUGCACACACAUUGGUCAUACUGACCGUAUCAAUGACACAGCCAUGGUAUUGGCUGGAACAGCUUAAUCACUGGAUUAAGGUGUUAUCCGAUCACAUUGAAUCGUUGAAGCUGGAACCCGGUGAAAAAGAAGAAGCCCGCCAACGUUUAAUAACCUCAUGGCAAAGUUAUUGUGAGGUCGGUGAUGAUUUAGAUCCGGGUUCACCGGUUAAACGCACCAUGCGUAAUAAUUCCAUAGAUGAUGAUGAUUUACUGCCGCUCACCGAUGGAGCGUUGUUGACAAAUUUGGGUUUGGAUAUUGUUGUGGUGGUUACAAAGACGGACUACAUGACCACUUUGGAAAAAGAAUACGACUAUCGAGAUGAACAUUUCGAUUUCAUACAACAGUGGAUACGGCGUUUUUGUUUGCAACAUGGCACCUCACUCUUCUACACAAGUGUCAAAGAAGACAAAAACUGUGAUCUCCUUUAUAAAUAUUUAACACAUCGAAUCUAUGGUCUACCAUUCCGAACACCUGCCCUAGUCGUAGAGAAAGAUGCAGUUCUAAUUCCUGCCGGUUGGGAUAGCUUAAAGAAAAUAAGUAUUUUAUAUGAGAAUAUGCAUUCUUGUAAAGCUGAAGAUUAUUAUACAGACAUUAUUACACCGCCACCUUCGAGAAAAACCGUUUCAAAUCGUGAAAUUGAAGUGCAAACCGAAGAUGAACAAACAUUUUUGGCGCGACAACAGGAAAUCAUCAAGCAAGGCGGUGAAGUACGUAGUGGAUCACCUUUACGCUCGCAGGCUAGCAAAGCUAUGCCCCGUACCCCUGGUUCAGCUGGUCAAAAUUCACCCAGUAGAAAGCCUGAUGUAAAAAUGAAUCCUGUCACACCCGGAGGCGAAGGCGUUUUGGCCAAUUUCUUCAAUUCAUUGUUGCACAAAAAAUCCGGUUCACCAGCAACACCACCUGGUGCCAUGAGCACACCACGGGCCAAUGGUUCAGAUAGUCUAUUAACACCCGAUAAACUAUCCGUACGCACAGAUGCUGCUGCCGAAUUGGAUCGUUUGGCGAGAAGUGUUAAAAAGGAUGUGGAUUUUUCGCAAAGUGAAUGUUAGAUUAGCAAGGAAAAAAUCAACUAACCUAGAACACAAACGAAAUGGAAAGU